AUGGCGUCUCCGACGAAAAUCUCCACGACCACAAUCUCUAAGGUUUUGGAAGGCAAAGUGGUCUCCAGAGCAAACGAGAAAACGGCGAUCGUUCUGAUCGAGAGAAAAGUACCGCACCCGCGCUUUAUCAAGCGCAUCAAUAAGAGCAAAAGAUUCGCCGUGCACGACGAAGAGAACGAGAGUAGUGUCGGAGACGUCGUGGAGAUUCAGAUGUGUACGCCAAAGUCAAAGACCAAGAAGUUCGAGUUGAAAGCCAUCACGAAGAAAGCUUAA